AUGGCGCGUACCAAGCAAACAGCCCGCAAGUCAACUGGUGGCAAGGCGCCCCGUAAGCAGCUCGCCACUAAGGCCGCUCGUAAGUCGGCCCCCGCCGCUGGUGGUGUGAAGAAGCCCCACCGUUACAAGCCUGGUACCGUGGCUCUGCGUGAGAUUCGUCGCUACCAAAAGAGCACGGAACUUCUGAUCCGCAAGCUGCCUUUCCAGCGUCUUGUUCGUGAGAUUGCCCAGGACUUCAAGACCGACCUGCGCUUCCAGUCGUCCGCUAUUGGUGCGUUGCAGGAGGCCAGCGAGGCCUACCUUGUCUCGCUCUUCGAGGACACCAACCUGGCUGCCAUCCACGCCAAGCGUGUGACGAUCCAGCCGAAGGACAUUGCCCUUGCCCGCCGUCUUCGCGGUGAGCGUUCGUAA